AUUCCAUGUUGGGCUCUCUUUACCUUCUGUGGCUUGUGGCUAUGACCACCUCCUUGGUUUCUAAGGCUCAGAUCUUGACCCCCCAAGACUAUGAGGAAGAGGACGAUGAAGAGGUAACCACACCUUCAGUGGCUGUGCCUUGCGACUAUGACCGUUGCCGCCACCUGCAGGUGCCCUGUAAGGAACUGCAGAAGGUUGGGCCAGUGGCCUGUUUGUGCCCAGGGCUCUCCCGGGAAGAUCAGCACCCAGACCCUCCGCGGCUGGGAGAAGUCCAAAUUGUGGCUGAGGAAGGUUGCGCGGUUGCCCACUGGUGUGCUCCCUUCUCUCCAGUCAGUCACUAUUGGCUUCUGCUUUGGGAAAGCAACGGGGCUCCACAAAAGAGUGGCCCCCUCAAUGCAACAGUUCGAAGAGCAGAGCUGAAGGGACUGAAGCCUGGGGGUUCUUACGUCCUUUGUGUGGUGGCUGCUAAUGAGGCUGGUGAAAGCCAUGUUCCUGGAGCAGAUGUUGAAGGUCCUGAGAACUGGGCUGACCCUUCCUUUGGGCCUUGUCGAAAGCUUAUCAUGCCGCCUAGACCGCUCACCCUGGUCUACGCAGCCGUGGGAGUGGGCACAGUUCUGGUUCUGCUGAGCUGUGCCGCCCUGGUUUGGCAUUUCUGCCUUCGUGAGCGGUGUGGUUGCCCACGACGUCAAGGUAACGCCCAAGCUUCAGAUGCUCUCUAGAGCGUCUAGAAACAACUCUGGUGCAUUCCAGCCACAUCUGGAGAGCCCAACCCACUCCCAAGAGAAGUGUGGGGCUGCUGCCACCUGGCACCAGCAGCACAGCCAAGUCAGCGCAG